AAAGUCAGUCGGAAAGUUUACGGUCCAAGGCGUCCAAGUCCCAAGCUCCCAAGUCAGUCGCGUGCGUACCGUCGCGUCGUCGGGUGUGAGCAGUCUUUCGCGUUCCUUUCCGUUCCUUCGUUCGUUCCUCCGUUGGUUCGUCCUCCGGUCGAUUCGAACGCAUCCAAGUGAAAACGAUAUUCGAAUAAGCCAUCAGUCUCUCUCGAGACACAGUCCUAUACCGGUCAUUCUCUCAGCGUCUCAAAAUCGCCCUAGAUAUCAGAGAGGUACCUGUAUACGAAAGGGGCAACAUGCUCAAGUCUUAUCCCACACGAUAUUCUACCAGCGGAGUUGGUAGGACCGGUACUCGAGUGAUUCGCUUGACGGUGAAUCAGGAAGCGGUUCUUCAAGAGCAGUUUAACAGGUGGCCAAGAGCACCUUAUACCGCGGACAUUGUACUCCUCGCGGCUGAAACAGGUCUUCCCGAGGCGGACGUUGAAGGAUGGUACGCUAUCAGAUUGGCUCAGUGGCGGAAAGAACAGGGUCUCGGCGGGAAUACACUGAGCUUGCACUGAUCAUCGCGCGCGCGCGAGAGACUCAAUCUUAUCUCACUUCUGUACCUGAAACUAUCAUCAUGUAUACGGACAGAUAUAUGUAAACAGACUGACGGCCAAUUACGCGCAAUGUACCCUUCUUCCUUAAAGUUGCUUAUUUACACAAGGUCUAAAUUUCAUUGUUUACAGUUGAAGUUUUAUUUAAUUAUUUAUUGUAAAUGUGUGUUUAACGCGGAAAAAGUUUUCCUUCUCAUCACGUGCGGAAAAUGAACUGGUACGAACACGAACAUGUAACAUUCACACACCCUCACGUAUAUAUAAAUAUAUAUAUAUACACGUGCGGAAAUAAUCGCGUUCAAAACGUUCAAUGUUUUUCCUAAGCAACGAAAGAUCAUUACAAACGUGUUGUUUAAUUAAUAACAGUCUUUUACUAACACACACAUAUGCGUUUUAUUUAUUAAAUUAAUUAGAUUUAAUCAAAUAAAAUGUAAAAUUAAACAAGUUUAAUUGAAAUAAUUAAAUCUAACUACUUGGGUUACCCCCA